AUGACCAUGCCAAACUUAAGACUUUACAGAGUGACUGAUUUAAACAAUUUAGAUAUUGUUACUUUGUAGAAGAGAGAUAGCAGUAUUACCAAUUUUUAAUUUUAAAUGACAGAAGUUGAGAUUGAUAGUUUAAUAUAUUACUAAGAUUAUCUAAAGAUUAGUAUUAUUCAAGAAAUAGACUAAUCUUUGAUACUUAAAAAGAUUUACUCUGCUAAUGGUACAAAUGCAGAUGAAAGUAUCUUACUUAGAUUUGUAAAAUUUUAGGAUAGAACUUAUCUCUUAGUGAAUUGUAUAACAUUGCAGUAAUAUUAGAAGCAAGAUUUUUAAACAAGAGAGAAAUUUAGAUCAAUAAAGCUCUUUAGGCCUGAAUCUAACAUUUUAUCUGCAAAUACAGAAUAACAGCAAACCAACAAUGUAAAAGGUCUUUUUAAAUCUGAUUCUUAAACUUUUAUGUUUAAAGAUAUCAUUGAAAAGCAGGUCUAAGGUGCAAUAUAUCAGGAUAUUAUAAACAUCAUGAACAUAUAAAGAUACAGUACGAGUGAGUAGCUUUAGAUAUAUCCAAGUAUUUAUCAAUAAAAUAUCACGAACUAAGUUGAUAAGACCUUCAAGCAAGAGUUAGAAUUCAUAAAAACAAUUUACUCUAUGCUUCAGAAGUUAGGAUCUCUAAGUGCAUUUCAUUUGAGAUUAUAUCUGUCAUUAUACGAUAAGAAAAGUUUGGCUGCUCGCUCAAUUAACUAGAUCGUUGACUUUGAUAGCAUAACAUUGCAGAAGGUGCAUACUAUAAAAGUUAAGAGUUCUAAAUUUAAGUAUGAAAAAGGCAGCUUAGUUGAGUUGCUUAUGGAUGAAUACAAAAAUAAAAAGAGAGAUAUAAAGAAGGAUAGAAUGUCUUUUGACUUUGAAAACUUAAUUAAGUUCUAAAAAGAUUGA